CUUCUCGUUGCCUCUUCCUUGUUUCCCUGCUUUGUUGAAGUCGUGGUCUCUCUGCUUAGUCGUCGCGACCGUCGUCCGGCGCAUCUCCAAACGCCGCCACCAUCUCCGCCGUUUCAUCCCAGCACCCAUGGCUGAGGAGGAGCCCAAGCCCUUGAACUAUAUUCCAGAGAUUAUCUUGAAGAAACGAAAAAGCAGCGAGGCUCUGGCCUUGAGGAAAAAGGAUCAACUUCAACAGAAGAAGUUCCAAAAGAAUUCCAAGGACUAUAUCAAAAAGCCUGAGGAUUUCAUUAUUGAGUAUCGAAACAAGGAGCUUGACCUUAUUAGAAUGAACCGACGGGUCAAGAGGAUCAAGAAACAACCAGAGCUGUUGAUGCCAAAUUCAAAUUCGAAGUUAUUAUUAAUCAUUCGGAUACAGGGAAAAAAUGACAUGCAUCCAAAAACCCGAAAGGUCUUGUACAAAUUGAAUUUGAGAAGAAUAUUCAGUGCUGUCUUAGUGAGGGCAAGUGUGGGGAUUAUGGCAAAGCUGCAGAGGGUGGAACCAUAUGUCACCUAUGGGUAUCCUAAUCUUAAAACCAUAAAGGAACUGAUCUACAAGAAGGGAUUCGCAAAAGUAGACAACCAGAAAGUUCCUCUGACAGACAAUAACAUUAUUGAACAGGCAUUAGGAGAGCAUGGAAUUGUGUGCAUAGAAGAUAUGGUCCAUGAAAUUGUUAAUGUUGGUCGACACUUUGAAGAAGUUGCCAGUUUCUUGUGGCCCUUUGAACUCAACAACCCAGCUGAUGGCCUGCAAGGAUCGAAAACCUUAUACAAGGAUGGUGGAGACACGGGGAACCGGGAAGAUCUCAUCAACGAACUAAUCAACAAAAUGAAUUAAAACCAUUUCCUACUCAUGGAGAAAUUUUGUUUUGUCUUAAAUACUGGCUGCCACCAUUUCAUUUCCAAGAUUUUGCUGGUUUAAUAGACAUAUUGGAAUAUUUGUUAUAGGUGUUGUUUAUUCCUCUGCUACAAGUAUUGGGACAGGUAGAAUGAUUAGCCCUUAGACGUAUUGAAACUCAGACAAGGCUACUAUCAUUGUAAAUGACGAGCCUUUCACUAUUUGAUGUCUCAGAUUCUCAGACUCGUAGAAUGUGGUGUGGCUUAUAAAUGUCUCUUUUGUGCUAUGAAAAUUUACUAACCUGAAGUUUACUUGAAA